GGCCAAGCCGCCCCGCUGCCUGAAUCACGUCCUGUUGACGGGACUACAUAGUACAUUGCCCAGCCCGGCCUCCGGCGGUUGCAGGGCACGGCGCGAUUUCCACACAAUUCCUCAGCAGCCCGGACUCGCCCCGUUUCGAGGGAGGCAGGAGGCAGGGGAAGGAACAUUGUGUGUAACUUUACUACCUCGGAGAGGGCACUCUGGGGACAUCCUGAAUCUCUCCCCACCCCUGCCCUCACUUCCGCAGCUGCAGGAGCACAGAGGAUUAUUUUAACCGCCCACACUCAACCCCUGUGGGGAGGGUGGUGGAGCCGUCAACCCCAGCACCUGCCAUGGAUCUUCCUCGCAGCUACCACCCCGAGGGGGCCCCGUUUUGAGCCGCAGCAGCCGCGCGCGGGGCAGGCAUGGGGAGGCUGCGCGGGGCGCUCGGCCCCUGGCUGGGGCUGGCCGCCCUGCUGUGCCUGGCGCACGCCGCCCGGGCCGCCUUCCAGCUCACCAUCCUCCACACCAACGACGUCCACGCGCGGGUGGAGCAGACCAGCCGCGACUCCGGCAAGUGCCAGACCCGCUCCGGCGGCGGGCCCCCGGAUUGCUACGGCGGGGUGGCGCGGAGGUACACGAAGAUCCGGGAGAUCCGAGCCACCCACCCCAACGUGCUGCUCCUGGACGCCGGCGACCAGUACCAGGGCACCGUGUGGUUCAGCUACUUCAAGGGGCGGGAAGCGGCCCGCUUCAUGAACUUCCUGGGCUACGACGCUAUGGCUUUGGGGAACCAUGAGUUUGAUAAUGGUCUGGAUGGAUUAUUGGAUCCACUACUUAAAAAUGUUAAUUUUUCAAUUCUGAGUGCAAACAUUCAGGCAAGCAAAUCAGUAGCAUCCAGGAUCACUGGAUAUUUUCAGCCUUAUAAAAUACUACAGGUUGGUUCAGAAAAAAUCGGAGUUGUUGGCUAUACCACUAAGGAAACAUCUUUCCUUUCAAAUCCAGGAACGGAUAUAUACUUUGAAGAUGAAAUUGAAGCAUUGCAGCCACAUGUGAAUAAACUUACCAUGCUGGGAGUUAACAAAAUUAUUGCACUAGGACACUCCGGCUUCACUGUAGAUCAAAUGAUUGCUCAAAAAGUGAGAGGAGUGGAUGUUGUAAUUGGAGGACAUACAAACACGUUUCUUUAUACAGGCCCCCCACCUUCUAGUGAAAUGCCAGCUGGCAACUAUCCAUUCCUGGUGAAGUCAGAUGAUGGGAGGCAGGUGCCAGUGGUACAAGCCUAUGCUUUUGGAAAAUAUCUUGGUUAUUUAAAUGUAACAUUUGAUGAUCAAGGAAAAGUAAUUAAUACAUCUGGAAACCCUAUUCUGCUAAAUAGCAGUAUUCCUGAAGAUAGAGUCUUGAGAGAAGAAGUUGACAAGUGGAAGAUACAGCUAAAUAAUUUUUCUUCCCAUGUGAUUGGGAAAACUAUAGUUUACCUAAAUGGUACAAGUCAGGCAUGCCGUUUCCAAGAAUGCAACAUGGGAAAUUUGAUUUGUGAUGCCAUGAUUUACAAUAAUCUCAAACAUCGAGAUGAAAAUACAUGGAAUCAUGUUUCAAUGUGCAUCAUGAAUGGUGGUGGGAUACGGUCACCCAUUGAUGAACGCAACAAUAAUGGUACUAUUACGAUGGAGGACCUGCUUGCUGUGCUGCCGUUUGGAGGUACUUUUGAUCUGAUGGAGUUAAAAGGCUCCACUCUGAAAGAAGCAUUUGAGCACAGUGUGCGCAGACAUGGACAAGGAACUGGCGAGCUGCUGCAGGUUGGGGGCAUUCACGUGGUCUAUGAUCUUUCCAGACCACCAGGAAGCAGAGUUGUCAGUACAGAAGUUCUUUGCACAGCCUGUAGAGUACCAGCCUAUGUACCACUCCAAAUGGAUGAAACAUACAAAGUGAUUCUUCCUUCUUUUCUGCAGCAGGGAGGAGAUGGAUAUUCUAUGCUAAAAAAUAAAUCACUGAGUCACAAUCAGGGUGAUCUCGAUGUUGAAGUAGUUUCCAAUUACAUCUCUAGAAUGGGACGUGUUUUUCCAGCAGUUGAAGGUCGAGUAAAGUUUUCUGCAGGAAAUUUCAUCCAAGGAAGUAUUACUCUGAUUGCUGGACUAUUCACUGUGACAUUCCUGCACUUUAUUUUUUAAUUCUUAUUUGCGAUGCUUUUAGACUGCUGCUAGAAUGCCUGCUCCCCUCCCCUUUGCCUGCACCUCCCAGCACACGUUUAAACAGGUCCUAGGUCUCGGCAGGCAUUCAGUAAUUACAGUGGAGGGGCAGCUGUACUACAGUCAAGAUUGAGACGAGCUCUCUCUAAAACACGGCUCUUCUAAAUGCUGUAUUAUGUGCUUGGUUACCUAGGUUGCCUUAAAAUUUGGUGUGCUUCGUAGGGGUUUGAGGUAGGAAUACUGAUCCAAAUUUGGGGUCAUUUGACCAAGGGCUUCCUGAGAUGUAUCUCUCUGGGGAACAAACAAAACAGCUUUGCUGAAGGUUGACACAUUCUAACAGGUUUUUAGCCCAGAUCUGGCUAUCAAUGCUUGGCUCUGAAAAAAAGCUGUGAAGCAUACUAUACAGAAUCAUGGGACAUUUUGGCAGGUAGUCGGUUUCCAAAUUUGAUACAGCAGGUUUAAGUGCACUUCCUUGAUGUUUCUACCCUCAAACUCAAGUUCCAAAGAGCAAAGCAUUAAAGGAAAAACAUCCUAUUCCAUGGAGAAAAUAAUUUGUAUUAUAUAGAAAUAUUUACAAGCAUCUCAGUGUAAAAUUUUCCCUCCAACUCUUCCCAUGCACGCUGAAACAGUGAAAACAAUCUUUUUUUCAGUAGUGUAAGUAAAUUCCUACUUAUAGAUGCAUUACUACUUUCCUCUGUCCCCUAUGCAGGGUUGAAAACUUAAAUGUGACAGCUGUAUCCAGUUUUCAAUAACACUUGUCUUGGCUAUGUCAGUGCCUGAAAUAACUGGACCAAGUUUACCACUAUUAUUGCAUGACAUCAGCUCAUUUCCGCACCAGCUUUAGUUACAAUUUUUAGUUACAGAUAUUGCAAACCCUUCCAUCACCUUCCCACUAAUAAAGGAACUUAAUAUCAAAACGUUUCCAUAUGGUUUGUGUGUAGCUGUAUGUAAUUGAUUUUCAAUUCACUUAAUCUGUUUUCCAGAAAAUAAAAAUGAACUGAUGGCA